AUGCCAAGCCAGAACCCAUUCCCAUGGCUGCCUCGACGAUGGGUGAAUUUGCUGUUCCCCUGGGUGCGUUGGAGCUUGAUGUGGUUCUACUCAGUGACACAUGCUUUGCGCUUUCCGUUGCGCUUGGCGUUGGGUGCGCCCUCCGCCGACCCAGCCCAAGCUCUUGCUUGUGGCUGGUGCCACAGCGUUAACAUUGGCCGUGGACUUCCAAAACGGAACGUGAAGGAGGCCUUGGUGACUCCAAUGGGUUUGCUGGGAGAUUCGCAGACUGCUCCCUACAUUGCAGUUUGGGGAGGCCACGCGGGCUUCAACAAAGCUGUGAUGUUGUGGAGCAACGAGGUGAUCCAAUCCAUCAAUGACACUGGUGCAUCCUUCUUCCCUGGGGCUAGCGGUGAGCAGAUCACCUUGCGUGGCGUGGAUUGGAGCCUCGUGAAGACGGGUGUGAGGCUGUCAGUGGGUGAUCUUCUUCUAGAAGUGACCUACAUGAAAGGACCGUGUAAAAAUAUGGACCGCUACUUUCCAUCGCCCAGUGACAAGAGCAAGAUUGAUCCCAAAAAGAACCCUGACUCGGCACGAGUCUUUGCCAAGGUCUUGAAGCCGGGACGAGUGAGAGUGGAUGAUCCAGUACUUCUUUUCGAACAUCCUGCAGGGAAGCAGCCUUUGCAGAUUGCUUGUUAG